AUGUACGACAAGGUGGUCUCUCUAGGCUCGCGCCUGCACUAUCCCAUCGUCAUCACCAAGCUGCUCAAGUCGUCGGGCGAUUCCGUAAAAAAGCAGGAGACAAUCAUAGAAUACAAGUUCACCUGGCGACGUAAGAUUAGCGACGACGAAUGGGUCGAUGAGACUACGUAUACCGAGUUCGACAGCCCUGCCGAGGGCACUCUGAAAGAAUGGCGGGUCAAGGAAGGGCAGACGAUUGCUGCCGACAUGCCGUGUAUGAUUGUCGAGGAGGCCUGCGGCCACGAGGUGCAGAUUCAGGGCCUUUGCAGCGUCUGCGGCGCAGACAUGACCGAGGUCAACUGGGCCACCGAAGAAAGAGACACGGACCGGGCCAUGAUCAACAUGACACAUGACCAGACGGGCCUGAUGGUGAGCAAAAACGUUGCUAAAAGGGCAGAGCACGAUACACAGAAGCGCCUGCUGCGCCAGCGGAAGCUCAGUCUGGUGGUCGAUCUGGACCAGACCAUUAUCCAUGCGUGUAUAGAGCCAACUAUUGGAGAAUGGCAGCGUGACCCGACAAACCCCAACCACGAAGCUGUCAAAGACGUCAAGAGCUUCCAGCUCAACGACGACGGCCCUAGAGGUCUGGCUAGCGGCUGCACCUACUAUAUCAAGCUACGACCAGGCCUCCAAGAAUUCCUGGAAGCCGUUUCUACCAAGUACGAGCUGCACGUGUAUACCAUGGGAACCCGCGCGUAUGCUCUGAAUAUCGCUCGCAUUGUUGACCCGGACAGGAAGCUCUUUGGCAAUCGUGUCAUCAGCCGUGACGAGAACGGAAGCAUUACGGCAAAGAGUUUGCAAAGGCUGUUCCCUGUCAGUACGGAUAUGGUUGUUAUUAUUGACGAUCGUGCGGAUGUCUGGCCCAUGAAUCGGCCAAACCUGAUCAAAGUCGUACCGUAUGACUUCUUCAAGGGAAUUGGAGAUAUCAACUCGAGUUUCUUGCCCAAGCGACAGGAUAUUCUACCUGCCGCAGGAAAGCUAAACGGCCUGGUUCCAAGCUCCAACGCUGAAAACGCCUUGACCGAAAAGAUUUCACCACUUGAUGAGCUAGCCCGGAUGGGUGGCGACGAGGCGAGCCUAAAAGUUCAGGCGGAGGAGCAGGAAAAGACAUUGGAAAAGCAACUGACUGAUCGCCCGUUGCUGCAUAUGCAAGAGGAGCUGGAUAAAGAGGAUGAGCGCCAAGACUCAGAAGGUGGUGCAUCUUCGAGCAUCCACCACAGACAGCAUCUAUUAAGCGACGAUGACGAAGAGCUUGUUACUCUGCAAGAUCACUUGACUGAUCUCCACGCUGCCUUUUACGAUAUGUACGAUAAGAAGCGGGAGGAGAGGAAAAAGUCGGAGCCAACCCACCCGCCAGGGCAUACCAAAGCGCGUAGGAAAUCUCACCCUGACGACGGUGUGGAUCUCUCAUUUGUUCCUCCCGUAGGAGACAUACUGGACGAGCUCAAAUCCAGCGUUCUCUCGGGCCUCGUUAUAUGUCUAUCUGGUCUAGUGCCUCUGGGAGUGAACAUUGAGGAGUCUGAAAUUGGAAUGCAUGCGCAAAGCUUUGGAGCCCAGGUCGUGGAUAGCGUCUCGCCCCGGGUCACACACCUUGUAGUUUCUCUGGCGCGACCGCGAACCAAAAAGGUACAGCAAGCGGCAAAGAUUCCCAGUAUCAAGAUUGUGAACCAGAGUUGGCUGGCGGACUGUCUUAGCCAAUGGCGUAGGCUAGACGAAAGCCCAUACUACAUGGCCAUUCUUGAUGCCGAUCGUGAGAGGUCAGAGGACACUGCAGAAACUAGCGCGGCCGAAAUGGAAGAUACUGGCGUCCCCAUCAACAUGGGUGAUUUUGAUGAAGAGCUUAAGGAGUUUUUGGGUCUAGAUGACGAUGAUGACGACGACGAAGACGACGAGGGAGAUGAAGAAGCCGAUGAGGAGGAGGAAGGGGAGAAUGACAGCGAGACAACGGACGGCGAGGGGGAUGAUACCGAUGAUCCAGGGCGAAGAGGCACAAAACGCAAGACCAGAGCGUCUACCAUUGAGUCUGACGGAGACGGAUCAAGUGUUGUUGGAGAGAGUGCGCUGGCGAAGAAGCAGCGGGUGUCACGGAGUAGAGGAGCCUCCGCAUUGCGAUCCGUACAUACGCCAAACGGAGAUGCUGGCGAAAGCGAUGAACCUCCACCUCGCAGCGCAGAAACGGACAAUUUCGACGAGCUAGAGCGAGAGCUAUUAGCAGGGCUUGAGGCAGCUGGCGAUUAGAGGUUGAGGUUGGACCGCGAACGCCAACGCAACUGGGCUUUGGAUUUCAUGUCGUUUUAAAAACAAAAACAUCUGGCCGGCGCUUUUUUGUGUUAGAAUAGUAUUGGGAAACCUGGGUCAAGGUGUUUUUCUUGUUUCAGCUUUUGUUUGGUUUCUCUCUCUCUCUCUCUCUUGAUUCCUUUCUGUUCGUGAUUCGAAUACCCAUUCUUUGGCCAGAAGGGGAAAGCAAUUAAGCCAUUUUUAUAUG